UCGCUUCUAUAACUGAAGUCGAAAUUCCUAUCUGAAAAUACUAUGACUCGUUUAGAGAUUCUUAUCUGAAAAUUACAACUCGGAAUUUGGUCAAAUUUAUCUGAAAAUUCUGAACCAAACAGACUUCUAAAAGACAAACCGGCUGUACUUGUUGAUCAUUUAAGAUAUCUUAUGUAUAAAAGCAUAUCAUCUCGCAAAAAUAUGACUUGGUCUUUUUGGUUUCAACUUAAUCAAAUCAUGGUUUGUUUUUCUACCAAUAAAUUCUGCUGUAAAAGGGGCCUUACUAAUAAAUUACACCUUUGAGUCUGCGGUUAAUUCUCAUUUGCAAACGAAAUCAUUUUGACGAUCAGAGAUUAGUAAAAGAUCAGUUAUUAGAUAAAUAUUGCAAUUGGUUUUAUCGAAUUUUGGAAGUUUAUUUAACUAACCUGUGAUAAGAAUAGGGGAGCGGGUGGUUGUAAUAAAUCAACUGGACUUGCCAUCGUCCGAUCAUUUGCCCUGAUAAUUUUCACCUCAGCAAGUUGGUUGUUCUAUUAGUUUUAAAAAGUUGAAGCGACAAACGUUAACAAUGGGAAGAGAAGGAUUUCCAUUCAAGGAUUACAGUCUGGGGACGGAGGACAUCCGCAACUUCCAUUUUUGGAAGGGGGUGAUUGGAGAGGGAAUUGCCACCAUGUUUCUGGUGCUGUCUGUACUCACAGGGGGGACUUACGGGACCGGAACUGCCCCCGCCUACGGAUACGCACUAGCAUUCGGAUUCUCUGUGCUCACAUUAGUAUAC